UACUCGCCCAUGAACGACCUCCAAGAUCACAAUCAGGAGCAACACGGGUACAAUCGAACGCCUCCAUGUUCUGUCGCCGAAUCGGGACUGAAUCAACGGUGCCCCCAAAUGGGGAGGCAGAAUCCCGACCCACAACAGUGUCCAGCCUGUAGGAAAAACCAGUCAGAUUCCCAGCAAGACGAUGACACCUGCUGUGAACCGGAAGCGGAAAGUCAAGAGGAUUGCUGCCCUAAGCCGUGCGAGGAACCGAAACCCAAGAGGUGCCGCCGGAGAAGGAAACCUCGAUGCUGCUAUGUUGUCACCCACGAACAGGGCAUCCAAACUGACGACACUGAAUCGGAGUCCAAAGAGUCGCAAACACCGGAGCCAGAAAUCUUCGAAAUCAGAGAGAUCACAAUGCAGGAGACGGAGGUAACGCAUCGGACCGGAGAGAAGGAGAUCGAAAUCACGGAGCAGCAAUCGGUGACCAAAUUUCCACUCAGCGGACAAGUCGUAACCGAGGUGCAACAGAUAACCAAGGCCGGUAAGGUCCCUAUAACAGGGGAGGAGAACGUCACUGAGUCCGGGAAAUGGAAUACCCGUGUCGAAGAUGCAAAAUCAACGGCUGCCAUUCUGGCUUCUACGGAAGACGUCCUGAACUCCUUGAACACCACCCUAGAGCCCAAUGUGGUGGAGUCCUUGAAGUUUGGGCUUCGUAGCAAGACAAGUUCCAUCCCCGUGUCCAGCUCCACCACCCCAGCUCGUAGAAGGAGCAACAGCUUUGUGAAUAACCAGAAAGUAGUCCGCCCCCAGGACUAUCCCGACAUGAAGAAGGUGAAGGUGACCUCCGACACAACAGCACACAUCACCGGUCCUCAACAACGCGACAACCCUGUCAGUGUACCCCAACGCCGUCCAUCCGCGACCCGACGUCGCCGACCCUCUGCAGGGUCUCACAUGAUCAUGGUCUCAGCCGAGGAGCACCUCCCAGCAACCAGCCAAGAUACUGAACCGGAAAAACCUCCAAAUGAAGUACGCAAGAGCACCCUUCAGGUGGUGACCACGAAAAGAAAGGAGGCGGCAUUGUUGAUGCCCGACUCGGAGGGAAAGAUGACGGAGGUGGCUGCAGUGGUAGAGAACAAGGUCACCGAGCUGCAUGAGAGGAAGGAAAAGCCACCGCCAAAGCGCAAGCGUCCCGAACCAAAAACGAAGUUCUGCUAUCCGUCCAACGACCUGAUCACCCGGAUGGAGCGGCCUCCCCUUCGGAAUCACUGUUGCAUCCCAUGUGGGGGUUGCCCCUACAGCUGUUCCUGCAGCUCCUAUUACAGCCCUUGUAGCAGGUGUGAACAGAUCUAUGGCUUUGGGGGGCACUGCGCCCAAUACUUUAACUAUCUUUAAAUUCCGAGUGUGUGUCCUGUACAAUAGUGAGCAAUAGUAAUAAUAAAUCCCAUGCUACUCCUCUUUCCACCCAAA